AUGAAGGUGAAGGUGCCGAGUUUGAUGAAGAAGAUAAUAGCCGCAUUUUCAAACAAAACAAAUGAUUUAAGAGUACGUUUAAUGAUAUUCUUUCUUCUACACAAGAAUUUUGAUAAAACCUCACUAACCAAUUCCCUUCAAGCCCUUGUUUCUCACCACCCUCACCAUAAGAAGAAAAACGACGAUGCCAUCGACGAGAAGGAAGAGUUAGAGCUCGUCGAAAAUCGACUAGACAACAAAGAACACGAAGAUGAUGAAGAAGAAAUGAAUGGUCAUAGUUUGUUGUUGAACUAUAACAAAGCUACAAGCAUGAUGGUGAGUGACACUACUCACGACAUGAGGGUUGUACAAGAUGUAGCGCGAAUAUAUACACCAAAUCAAAUUGGUGAGCAACAACGUAACGUGGAUUUGACGCACGCGCUGUUCAAGGAGUCUGAGGCGGAGAUGGAGAAGGAGGAAGAGACCGAGGAGGUGGUCGAGGGUGGCGGGCAGAGAAUGAUUGAGGAGGAGGAGGAGGCUAUGGGAGAUGAGGAUAUAGACCAAGCAGCUGAUAUGUUCAUACAAAGGUUUAAGAAACAAAUGCUUCUACAAAAACAACGUUCAUUGGAGAGGCAACAAUAUAAUAAUUGUUCCUAUCUUUUGUCUAAUGCUUGA